CUAAAAUAAAAGCAUGGAAUAAAAUAAUAUCACAGUCGAAUUUAAACACUAACAGAAAAAUAGCCUUUUAAACAAAAUGGUACGAAAAUUAAAAUUUCAUGAACAGAAAUUAUUAAAAAAAGUUGAUUUUAUCGAUUGGAAAGUUGAUAAUAAUUUACAUGAAGUAAAAAUUUUAAAAAAAUAUUACAUUCAAAAACGAGAAGACUAUGCAACAUACAAAAAACUAUGUAGAGAAAUACGUGAAGUUGCAAGAAGUAUCAAACAAUUUGAUCCAAAAGAUCCGUAUAGAAUCGAGAAAAGUGCAUUACUGUUAGAUAAAUUAUAUCAAAUGGGUUUAAUUCCGUCUCGAUGGGAUUUAAGUCUUGUUGAAAAAGUUACAGCUUCUUGUUUUUGUCGUAGACGAUUACCUAUUAUUAUGGUUAAAAAUAAAAUGUCUGAAAAUUUAAAACAUGCUACAAAAAUGAUUGAACAAGGACAUGUUCGAAUUGGACCUGAAUUAGUGAAGGAUCCCGCAUUUUUGGUGACUCGUAAUUUAGAAGAUUUUGUUACAUGGGUUGAUAGUUCAAAGAUACGACAACAUGUAUUAGAAUAUAACGGAGAGCGGGAUGAUUUUUUACUUUAGUUCCAGUAAAUUUUAUUAAAAAAUUGUAUUUGUUAAAUA